GAAAGUUUCUGCAAUAACAUAAUUUAACUGACAUAUAACAAAGUUGGAGUUUUUUAAAUAGACGAGGAAAAAAAAAAGUGGAUAAAAGUGCGAGGAGAGAGGCGAAUUACGUAGCUUCCUGUAACAAACGAAAGUUGCACCCUUUGUUAAUUUAUUUCAGUCUGCCCCCUUAAUCGUCAGCACUCAUAUUCCCCUCCCCACUCCCCAUUUUCCCUGCAAGCAUUUGGAAUCGACCGGAUCUCGCGAGAAUCUCGGGCUGCCGCAGCGGCUGCCGGUCGAUGUCACGUGUCGUCGCGUCAGUUCGUCAGAGGGUUGGCGAAGGAAAGUUGCGUUUGGAAGUUGUAGUUCGGGGUUGUCAGUUUUAUCGAUGUUAUUGCAGAGAAGAUGACCGAGACAAUUUUCAGUACAGAGUCCACAGACAACGAAUCGGUAGCUAGAAUGGGCACUCCCGAGCCACCUCUUGCUGCCAAAACUGAUGACUGGGAAGAAAUAGUCAAGGUUGUCUUCAAAUCUUUCGCCAUGUGUCUUAUCGUUUGUUGUGCCGUAUUUGGCAAUUUGGUAGUGAUCAUUAGCGUAUUUAGACAUCAUAAGCUUCGAAUAACUACUAAUUAUUUUAUCGUAUCUUUGGCAUUUGCUGAUAUGCUAGUUGCACUUUUUGCCAUGACAUUCAACGCGAGUAUGGCAAUACUUGGCCAUUGGCCUUUUAACACCACCGUAUGUGACUUUUGGAAUUCCUGCGAUGUACUCUUCUCUACUGCAUCGAUCAUGCACUUAUGUUGCAUAAGCGUGGAUCGUUAUUAUGCCAUCAUUAAGCCCUUGGAAUACCCAACCAAAAUCACUGGAAGAACGGUGGCCAUCAUGCUAACUUGUGUAUGGGUGUCGUCCGGUCUUAUAUCUUUCAUUCCAAUCUUUCUGGGAUGGUACACUACCGAAGAUCAUCUAAACCAUUUAAGAAGUAAUCCACACGAAUGUAAUUUCGUUGUUAAUAAAACUUACGCAAUUAUCUCUUCGAGUAUUUCUUUCUGGAUCCCUUGCUUCAUCAUGUUGUUUACUUACUUAAGGAUAUAUCGAGAAGCCACUCGACAAGAAAAGAUGUUGCUCAAAGCCCAAGUGACACCUCACUUAGGGUACAAUGGUGCACGUAACAGCACUGAUAAUUCUGCUACAAAACUCGUUCAACCUCCAUCUCAUCGACCUUCUCAUGCCGAAGAUCCAGAGAGUGGUCAGUCUACACCAACAAAAAGAACUAUAAAUAAAAUGAAAAGAGAACACAAAGCAGCAAAAACUCUCGGAAUCAUCAUGGGAUGUUUUAUAUUAUGUUGGCUCCCUUUCUUCUUAUGGUACGUUUCAAUAUCAAUGUGUGGUGACGAUUGCCCAUGUCCACCCAUUGUUGUAGAUAUACUUUUUUGGAUAGGAUACUUUAAUUCUUCUCUUAAUCCCGUCAUAUAUGCUUAUUUUAAUCGCGAAUUUAGAGAAGCUUUUAAGGAGACAAUAUUAACAGUUUUUUGUUGUUGUUUGCGGUUACACGACGAGCACAGGAGCCAUACAGUACAAUUCAAUUGCACGUACAGGUCCACUCAAGAUAUUGGACUGGUGGAAAAUAAGUACAUAAGGGAUUGACAAUGCACCAAAGUUUAGUCAAUAAUUCUACCUCUAGGUGAGUAAGUUGAAUUAUUUUUAAAAUAGAAUUUAACCUACUAAAAAUAACUUUCCCUUCGCUAGAUCCCAAAUUAGAAUAUCUAGCUUUUUGUCAAGAUCAAAGCCGCUCUUUGCAGUUGGUAAAAAUGUCAUCAAUACUUUUCACAUUCGGUUGACUCUUUUUAAUUCUGUCAAACAAAUAUCCCGACAAAUCGACAAAGAUUUCAAUAUAUCUAAUAGAUUAGAUAUUGUACACGUCGGCACUUUUUAUUUCUAGAUAAGUUGUACUACGUUGUUUUAGCUUUUCGGUAUCUUGUAUUUUUAACUCUUUUUUUUAUUAUUUUAUUUUAUUUUUUUGAAAACGGACUGCGGUAGUUAUCAAUGCGCUUGCGUUAUACUAGAGAAGAUUACGCAAACUCAGUGUGUGGCGUGGGAGUGAAGCAAAAAGUAUCAUCUCAGCUUUCUUAGAUCAAUAAAUGAAAUAAAUCUAAAGUAACAUGACUACUGUCAUUAAAUGGCGAAUUGGUGAGAUUUUUUCAAAUCGCAUCUACCUCGAAAAAUCUGUAUGGAAAAUAAAACUUUCAACUUAUUUUCCAUUGUCGUUUCAACAUCAUCAUCUAUACUCUUUAAUUGCUUUGAUGCAAUUACAAAGAUGAUUCAUCUAAUACUUAACUUGUGAUAUAAUUAAUGUGAAACUUAACGUUUGAAUAGUACCUUCGUAAUUAUAGAUUUAUUUCAUUAUGAUUGGUUAAUAAUAAUUACAGUUAUUAUUUUUUAAAAUAAAUUCGAAGUAUACUUUAAAGUUAGAAUUGAGAUUAAAACAAUUGUUGGUUGUUAAUGAUUCAUUCACAAUGUAUAACAGCAGUUACACAUCUGGUAAUAACAUGUAUUUUUAAAAUAUUAUGAAAUAUUAUUUAAACUCAGAAUGGCCUUUAAUAAUUUUAAUUAUUUUUUCUGUUGCCAUAACUUUUUACUGGAUUUAUGAACUUUUUACACAUAAUAACUAUAGAAAUAGAAGAAUGAUGAGUUCUUAACUUUUAUAUUUUGUAUAAAUGUAAGAAAUAGUGAACUUUUAAGCUUCGUCAAUGAUUAAUUGUUUAAAAAAAAACUUGUAUAAAAGAGUAAUUUCUCAACCAGUGAGUCGCGAUCCCUGAAAAAUUGUGAAUUGUAUUCUUAAUUAAUGACUCAUUCUAUCGUUACUCAAGAGAAGACAGACUAAAAUCGAUUAAAACUGAAAAAAAAAUAAUUGAAAAUUAUUUAAGUUGAACAACUUUUAUAAUAUUUUAAAUUAGAAAUUUGUUAUGUUAAGAAGAAUAAUGUUUAAGUUUCGUAAGCUGUUUUAUGAAAUUUAUUGCACUUUUGCGGAUUCGAAUAAACAAACAGGAAGGGUUUUUUCUUAUAUCACGUUUCAGCAUAAACGUGGUUAUUUCAAGUGUAAAUCGUGAUUCGUACCUUACAUGAAAUUGCUUUAAGGAAAGCGGUUUUCUUGACCCCACGUGAUCUAUAGCAGAUGUUUUAUCACUCGAGCGAAGUACAAUUUAUAAAUACUAAUUUGAAGCUUUAAUAGAUAGAAAUGAUAAUUAUUUAUUUGUAUGUUAAUAAUAUAUUUUAUAAAAAUGUCAAUUUUUCAUAUUUAUUUUGUUUCUAAUUUAUUCUUAAUACCUUUACAAAAGUGAAAUCAUAGAUCAAAUUUUUAGUAUUCCAGCAUAAAAUUAGCAAUAACAGCUUAAUUAUUUAUAUAUUAUCGACGUUUUCAUGCUGAAUAGCAUUUUUCAAACAAAUAUAAAAUUACAUUCAAUUAUAGUAAUCUAAUUAUCUUUUAGAAUCUUCAUACAAGUAAAAUUAAUAACGAUGAUGAUAAUAUUUUAAAAAUAAAUUCUAAGAUAAGUUUACGCAUUUAAAGCUCAAAAUCUACACAGAUUUAUAUGUAUAACAAAGUUAUUUCCUAACAAAAUCGGUCAUUAAAAGACGUAAACAUUAAUCACAUUCACCGUCAAUUAACGUGGAAUCUUAGUAUCAAUUCAAAAUUUGAUAAUGAUUACACUUUCCAACUGUAGAAAGUUAAUAGAAAUUUAUAGACACUUAUUUUAUAUUUCUAAUUAAAAUUUUCAUGAAGAUAUGGAUCCUAAAAAUAGCUCUUUAACUAAAUUAUUAUUAGACAUAUAUUUAUGAAGGAGUAUUAAACAUAAACAUUUUAUCGAUCGUUAACAAAAUUCCUCACUCGUAAAUUGUUAUAUUAAGUAUUUAAUCGAAAUAUUUCAUUCAUAUAACUUAUCAAAUGAUAAUUUUAAAUCGAGUAAUCGCUUAAUUACAUUUAUAUAAUAAUUGUUGAAUGAGUUAAUAAAAAGUAUAAGAUAAUACUUAGUUCCCUUUACGGAUCUUGUUUCAAGUACAAUACAAGAUACAGCUAAAGAUAGUGCUAUAUAAUUUGUAUAAGUAGAUAUAUAACAUAUAUACAUAGAUAUACUGGAUGACCUACAUCUACUUAUUUAAUUCUUCGAUCGGAAGUAAAUUUAUCUAGUUCCUAUAAAUGAAGAUUUAACAGCAAUAUCAAUUGUUAUUUCUAUAUUUUAAUAAUGACUAUUAUAAUAAAAAAAUAAAAAAAAAUGUUUAUUUGUAAGUGGUAUAUCAGUCAAGGACAUAUUUACUAUCAUUAAGUUGAAGAAUUUCAGUAGAGGAACAAUGAAAACGGAUACUUAU